UUAAACAUCAAGCCAGUAGUAUCUAGACACGUGGAUAAGACGACGACGCCGCCGCUUAAGUUUCACCUCGCCGUCGCCGUUGAUUCUUUUUUUUUUUUUUUUGGUGAGCCAAAAUUUUCAAAUCCAAUCGAAGGGGGAAAUUAAUGAAAAAAAAAAUCUCAAUUAGAAUCUGUGUGAAACAAACAGUGAGAAGAAGAUUUUGGAGAGAGGAGAAGAAAUAUGUCGAAGAAGAAACUUAGCGCGAACACCAUGGAUGAUGUUGAUCGAUUGUUCCAGUGUUUCAAGUGUGGAAUCUCUCCUCCUGCUUCUGCUAUGAGAGAAAAGAAACGGAGCAAGAAAAUGUUGAAUCAAGAGAAUGAUGACUCUUCUCCUGGGACUUGUAAGAAGUUGCAGCUAAGUUCUUUGUCUAGAAAGCAACUGCAAAAUCAGAUUGAUGGAGGUGUCAGUCUAGACGGCUCUGUUUCUGGUGGUUCUAAGAAUGUGAAAAAGAGUGUUGGGAGGCAGUUUUCACCCAUUGUAUUUUACGGGUCUCCGAAUGGUGUUCCUCCGAAAAGACCGUUGAGUUUGUUAAGGCUUUUGCGUGAGAUUCGUAUUGAUCUUAGUGAAGAAAGGAAAGCUAUCUCCAGGAAAGGAGUUUGGGCUACAUUUCCUAGGCAAGAUGAAGCGAUUAAGUUUGGGAAAAGACAUGACAAUGUGAGGAUUUUUAGUUAUCAAGAUCAUUUUAGUGGCCAAAGAAGGUUUCUUGUUUCAUCAUAUGAAGAAUUCUGGAAGAGAUACACAUCUAUGGAUCCAAGGCACCGUCAUCAUUAUGAAGUGAUUCAAGAGGGAUUGCCAUGCCAUAUGUACUUUGAUUUGGAGUUUAGUCAAAAAGAAAAUGAAGGUAAAGAUGUCGAUGAAAUGGUUGAUAUCUUGAUAUCAGUCAUUCUAGAAGCCUUGCAUGAGAAAUAUGCUAUCGAAGGACAUGAGGACUGGAUUGUAGAGCUUGACUCCUCAACUAAAGAUAAGUUCUCUCGUCAUUUAAUUGUAAUCAUUCCAAAGGUUGCCUUUAAGGACAACAUACACGUUGGUGCUUUUGUAGGAGAGCUAUGCACACGGAUAGUAAAUGCGAAGGAAAAAGAUGAAAGGUUGCGCAAGUUAUUUGUUCACAAAGAGGCUAAUGAUUCGGCAUCCCUACUUUUUGUGGAUACUGCUGUUUACUCUAGAAACCGUUGCUUUCGUCUUGCACAAUCAUCAAAAGCUGGAAAGACAUCAGUUCUUCUACCUACAGGACGAUUCAAAUGUAAGAAUAUGGGUGAAGAAGAUAUUUUCAUGACAUCCUUAAUCUGCAACGUGGAAUCAGAUUGUGAGAAGCUUUUGGUUUGUAAGAUGGAAUCAGACUGUAUGAAGACACUUUGCUUUGAAACAGAGGUGAACAAUAACAAUCUUGUAAGAAACCUAAAUGCUCAGAAAAUUCAAUUGGACGCUAGCACAAGUGACAUGUCAACAUCGUACUUCGGGGGCAAGUCCCCGUUCCCGCACCUGGACCAAUUCAUAGAAUCCAUUGCUUCCACAGGGGACGCAUCAGGUAAGAUAAGAUGCUGGUACUGGUUUUCAGAAGAUAGCCUGAUUGUAUACAGCAUGUUAAGAAACAGAUAUUGCGAACGAAUUGGCAGGGAACAUAAAAGCAAUCAUGUGAUGUACAUAGUUGAUGUCAGAAGGGGAAUCUAUUAUCAGAAAUGCUACGAUCCAGACUGCCGAGAUUAUCGAUCUCCGAUACGUCCAGUUCCAGAUAGUGUUCUUCCUGAAGAUACGGUUUACCAUCAAGAAGAUACACAGACUCUUUGUAACAACCUUUACCCGGAAGGAGAAUGUUACAUUGAUAACGAAUGCGAUCCAGAUAGUGCUGCUAGCAGAAGCUCAUGGUGGCUUGAAGCAGUUAAAGUCGCUGAUGAUCUUGAAAGUAAACCAAAAAAGACACUGGAACCUCAUCCUUUGGAGAAUUACGACGAAGAUGAUGAUGAAUGGUGGGUUGCUGCAGAAGAAUCACUUAAACAAGUCCUUCCCCAAAAUACCCUUUGAUUUAGACAUUC